AUGGCGCCGUUCAAAUGGCCCCAGCCAAUGAGGAGUGGUGGUGAGAACACGCUGCUGAUAGGUUGUGCUGACACAGCCUUUGCUCGUACCAAAAUAAAUGAAGUAGUGCGCCUUUAUUAAUGGAAUGGGGGAAAAGCAAUGCUUUAUAAUCAUUCUGCACCUUCCCGAGAUGCCAUGUCCCUGAGAUGAAUAGGAGCCCGAUGAUAGAUGAGGCAUUUACUCCCAAGAAUGCAAGCACAACGCAUAUUGUAAUGGCCCUCUGAAAAAGUUUGAGAGACAAUACUUUGCUUUAGAGUGCAGACCAUUAUUCUUCCAUAAGGCACUGGCAAAGACUGACAAAAUAAUUCUCCCUAAAAGUUUGUGAUUGAUUAGAACAGCAGAUUUAAACCCUUUGAUGAUAGCAUAGUUAGGACAUUUGAACGCUCUCCAUGUCACCUUACCGGUGGUAGGAAGCUUAGUGGUUAAGAGCGUUGUGCCUGUAACCGAAAGGUCGCUGGUUCUAAUCCCUGAGCCGACAAGGUUAAAAAUCUGUCGAUGUGCCCUUGAGCAAGGCACUUAACCCUAAUUGCUCCUGUAAAUCGUUCUGGAUAAGAGCGUCUGCUUAUUGACUAAAAUGUAAAUGUAAAAUGUAUUAACGUUCAUUUCAACAUUAUACAGUGAGGGAAAACAUAUUUGAUCCCCUGCUGAUUUUGUACGUUUGCCCACUGACAAAGAAAUGAUCAGUCUAUAAUUUUAAUGGUAGGUUUAUUUGAACAGUGAGAGACAGAAUAACAACAAAGAAAUCCAGAAAAAUGCAUGUCAAAAAUGUUAUAAAUUGAUUUGCAUUUUAAUGAGGGAAAUAAGUAUUUGACCCCUCUGCAAAACAUGACUUAGUACUUGGUGGCAAAACCCUUGUUGGCAAUUACAGAGGUCAAACGUUUCUUGUAGUUGGCCACCAGGUUUGCACACAUCUCAGGAGGGAUUUUGUCCCACUCCUCUUUGCAGAUCUUCUCCAAGUCAUUAACAUUUCGAGGCAAACGUUUGGCAACUCGAACCUUCAGCUCCAUCCACAUAUUUUCUAUGGGAUUAAGGUCUGGCGACUGGCAAGACCAUUCCAGGACCUUAAUGUGCUUCUUCUUGAGCCACUCCUUUGUUGCCUUGGCCGUGUGUUUUGGGUCAUUGUCAUGCUGGAAUACUCAUCCACUACCCUUUUUCAAUGCCCUGGCUGAGGGAAGGAGGUUCUCACCCAAGAUUUGACGGUACAUGGUCCUUUGAUGCGGUAAAGUUGUCCUGUCCCCUUAGCAGAAAAACACCCCCAAAGCAUAAUGUUUCCACCUCCAUGUUUGACGGUGGGGAUGGUGUUCUUGGGGUCAUAGGCAGCAUUCCUCCUCCUCCAAACACGGCGAGUUGAGUUGAUGCCAAAGAGCUCCAUUUUGGUCUCAUCUGACCGCAACACUUUCACCCAGUUCUCCUCUGAAUCAUUCAGAUGUUCAUUGGCAAACUUCAGACGGGCAUGUAUAUGUGCUUUCUUGAGCAGAGGGACCUUGCGGGCGCUGCAGGAUUUCAGUCCUUCACGGCGUAGUGUGUUACCAAUUGUUUUCUUGGUGACUAUGGUCCCAGCUGCCUUGAGAUCAUUGACAAGAUCCUCCCGUGUAGUUAUGGGCUGAUUCCUUACCGUUCUUAUGAUCAUUGCAACUCCACGAGGUGAGAUCUUGCAUGGAGCCCCAGGCCGAGGGAGAUUGACUGUUCUUUUGUGUUUCUUCCAUUUGCGAAUAAUCGCACCAACUGUUGUCACCUUCUCACCAAGCUGCUUGGCGAUGGUCUUGUAGCCCAUUCCAGCCUUGUGUAGGUCUACAAUCUUGUCCCUGACAUCUUUGGAGAGCUCUUUGGUCUUGGCCAUGGUGGAGAGUUUGGAAUCUGAUUGAUUGAUUGCUUCUGUGGACAGGUUUCUUUUAUACAGGUAACAAGCUGAGAUUAGGAACACUCCCUUUAAGAGUGUGCUCCUAAUCUCAGCUCGUUACCUGUAUAAAAAGACACCUGGGAGCCAGAAAUCUUUCUGAUUGAGAGGGGGUCAAAUACUUUUUUCCCUCAUUAAAAUGCAAAUCAAUUUAUAAAAUUUUUGACAUGCAUUUUUCUGGAUUUUGUUGUUGUUAUACUGUCUCUUACUGUUCAAAUAAACCUAUACUGAUCAUUUCUUUGUCCGUGGGCAAAAGUACAAAAUCAGCAGGGGAUCAAAUACUUUUUUCCCUCACUGUAACAUGGGCCCAGAGUAUUUCCCGCAGGUCACAUAGUCAGGGCAAAAUUCCUGCACUCCUACGGUGUCCAUAUUUGGACAGCCUAAGGCAAAUCCUUCUGAGACUGAGGCUGUCCUAAUAUGGACACCAUACAGUUCAAGUCAACUUCUCUUUAGUCAUAGAGUAAACUCUCCCUGAGAAUGACCUCAAGGCAUCUGUAGUUUCUUCAGUCUUCAGUCUCUCCAACCAUGGAGGAGCUAAAUGUGACCUGGUAAUCUGGCUUAGUUUCAUACAUGGGAAACAACACACUGAGCAACACCCUCUAAUGGGGCUAUGCCCGCUGCUACCAUACUGGGUACUUCACGGGUGGUCUCCUUGCUCAGCCUGGAUCACUACCCACUUUCUCUGCUUAUGGACCCUCCCUGUCUCCUGCUCUUUCUCUCUCUUCUAUCUCUCUCCCUCUUUAUCUCUUCUUCUUUCCUCUCUGCCAUUUCUGAACUUUUGCACUCUCUUCUGGUCCUUCUUCUAUCUCUCUCUCUCACGCUCAUACUGCCCUCCUCUAUGUUCCUCUCUUUCGUCCUAGUUUUCUCCUCUCUUCUCUCCUGCCCUGUCUUCUCCCUGUCUACUAGCUGUCUCUUUUCUGUCUCCUGUCUUAUCGGUCCUCGAGCCCCCUCUCUGUAUCCUCUGCUUGCAUCUGCCUCUGGUCUUCUGCUGUACUGUCUUGCUCUCCUCUCCGUCUGUCCCUCUCCCCUCUCUCCCCGUCUGUCUUCUGUUCGUCUCCUUCUCUCCUUUCUUUUCUUUUCUUCCCUGUGUGUCUGUCUGUCUCUCUGUCUGUCUGUCUGUCUGUCUGUCUGUCUGUCUAUCUGUAUCUCUCUCUUUUAUCUUUCUCACUGUGUGUCUCUCUUAUCUCGUUCCCCCCUGUCGAGAGGAAGGAAGGAGAGAUACGGAGCCGUUCAAUGCACUGGAAGCCCAGUGUUGUCUCUUGUGGAUAGUGUCGCAGGGUAUCAGGGCUGCGUUGGUAGAGUGGAGAGCAGGGUAGCGCGCAGCGAAGGGGAAUAUGGGAAAGAGUGAGGCACUUCACCUCAUUAGAUGUGAUGCUCCUGCAGGCAUUCAGUUUUGUUUGGCUACAAUUUACCUCUGGCAGAAGGGUACCACUCAAGUCUGCUUGGUUUUGAUUUCACAAUGUGAAAGUGAAAGUGUUUGAUAACAACCAGUUUACAUGCAUUGAUAUGACACAGUUUACAUGCUCCAUGGCAUUCAUUCAUAACUGACCAAAUAAUGCUGCCACCAUUACCUAUCCCAGGGGUUACCAAAAUGUUCUCGCACACAAUCCCAAAUUGACAUCAGGAAAUUCCAGUGACCUCAACCAUUGAACCAUAUACGUUUGGGAACCACUGACCUAUAUUCUAAUCUCCAUGGUACUCUCUCUCUCUGCCCCCUCAGCUCCCCCCACGCCCAUUGCCCCUCCGGAGCUCCUGGCGGUGGGGGCCACCUACCUGUGGAUCAAGCCCAAUGCCAACUCCAUCAUCGGGGACGGCCCUAUCAUCCUGAAGGAGGUGGAGUACCGCACCACCACGGGCAACUGGGCCGAGACCCACAUUGUGGACGCCCCCACCUACAAGCUUUGGCAUUUGGACCCCGACGUGGAGUACGAGAUCAAGGUUCUGCUGACCCGGCCGGGCGAGGGGGGCACGGGACCCCCAGGACCUCCACUCAUCACCCGGACCAAGUGUGCUGGUGAGUUGAACAAUGCGGUUUCUUUGUCGGUGUUGUGUUUCUGUCGUUGUUCUAUUAUGUUGAUGUGCUCUUCUUUUUUUUGGGUCCCCAUUAGCUGACGCCUUAGUGACUGCUAGUCUUCCUGGGUUCCUUCUAACUAGAGAAUAAUUAAUAAUCUGUAUAUACUCCUAGUUUGAGGGAUAGUGUGGAUUUCUACUGCUCAUCUUUCAGUGCUGUAUACAUUGGGCUCCUGUUACCAGCUAUUUCCACUUUGAUGAUGGGAGCUAUAUUCCUAUUAUCUAAGUGAAGGUUAUUGAAUCCAUCACAUGUGAGAACAGUCACUUUUUCCAAAACGUGGAAAACGAGAACCAAAUAGAUUUUCCCUUGCAAAAGUAAAUCAAUGAGUUCACUGUGCACCACCUGCCAUCCAUCUUCUAUUGCCCAGUCGGCUUCUGAAGUUCACACUUCCUGAUUCAUCCGAGACUCUCAAGUUGCGUCCCAAACGGCACCCUAUUCCCUUUAUAGUGCACUACUUUUGACCAGUAGUUAUUGGCCCAGUGGGUGUUGUAUGGAGCUCGCAGAAGAAAUAAAUACUUCAUUUAAUAAAGGGACUGCUAAUCAGAUCAACCCUGUGCGUGCGUGUGUAUGAGAGAGACUGUGUGUGUUACUGUUUCUGUGUGUAUGAGAUCAACUGUGUUUGUGUGUGUGCAUGUGUUUGAGUUUUUGUGACUGUGUGUGUGUGUGCAACUGUGUCUAUAUGUGACUGUUUGCUUGUGCGUGUGUGUGCGUGCAAUGGCUCCUGUGGGGCUCUGAUGGGGAAUGGUAAUUGAGGUGAGCAGAUGAGCAGCCAUGGGAAGUCUCUGUUCUCCAGGUGAGAGAGAUGAUGAAGGAGCCGCGUGUGGCAGCGCCAACCCAGUGGGGAAGCACCAAUGA